AUGUUCGAGUCUUACCGCUUCGCCUGCGAGAUCUGCCUCGCCCGCUGGCGGUACCGCCAGCAUCAAGCGGGACUGGAGGCCGCAUACAAGGAGUUCGACAAGGCGGCGGACGAGGUGCGGGGCAAGACCGAGAACAAGAGUCUGUGCGAAGAUCUUGUUCCCACUACGGGGAUAGAGAACGAGGAGUUAGAGAAUGAUGAGAUGGAUACUGUUUCAGAGGGGCACUCCGGCGGACGGUACCUCCGCAUCGCCGAGGAGGAGGACGAAGGUGGCAACGACCAGAUCCUGGACCUCGCCGACUGCGUGGUACGGCCUUGUCCCGUCGGGGCCGGGGUUGCGCGGCCGCCGCCGACGUCGCCAAGCCAACAUCAUCGUUCAGUCCCUCAACGGCUUCUCCUCCACGGUGCACACCUCUGGGAUGGGCCUGAAGGUCAUGCUGAUGAUCAUGCCCUUCUCCGACCUGCGCGCAGUCAACCUCUACGGCAUCGUUCAUAUCUCAUCCAGAUCGCUGCCGAAGGGUCUGUACUCGCUGGAUCUGUCGCUGAACAAGAUCAUGUUGAGAGGCUCCGGGAACUGACGAAGUUGUGCGCGCUCAACCUCAGCUACAACCGGAUUUCAUGCAUCGGCCGUGAUAGGUGGGGUAAAGACUACACCUUGGACUGGAACUCAGGGAGGACUGAUGAAAACCCCACAGACGAAGUUCAUAGAGACAUAUUAAUCUGGUCAAAAAUAGUCAGAUCACGUCCAGUAUGUAGGUCUCAUUGGACUAUUCACUUCACUCUUGUAUUGAUUAUUGAAGUUAUCUUCCGGAAUCCUCGAAUGAAAAUAACAGUCCAAGGGGGUCUCAGGUCAAAGCGCGCCCUUUGGGCAAGACCCUUAACACGACUUCAGUGAUUUCUGGUGACAUUGCGGGAAGGACCAUUCAGUUGACUAUUGGAAUGGGCAAAGCAGAAUGGGACAGAACGAACUGUGGGGUUUUCUUGUAUUGAUGUGGUCGACUAAUAGAGGUGGGAUUAGAUGUCAUUGUAUUAAAUGACUAACUUGACCAUCUUCAGCUAGCUAGAUGCCCGUUUGUCCAACCACCUUUGUUUCGUGGCUGUUACCACAGUAUAUAUAUUAAUUAUAAAACAAGUUAAGCUACCACAAACUGAGCCUUUGUGGUGCUCAUAGGCUGCAGUGCUUUUACUCCAUUAGAGUACCCUUCUUUCUGGCAUUGCGAGCUGUGGUGGGUAGGAGUGUGUAGUUAACCCCAUGUGUGUUGCAGGAAGGUUGAGAAUUUUCAUGUUCAUUGUAUUAGUUGUACCUUACAAACAACAAAUGUUUGUUUCGUUGCAUGAAGCCAUUUGCACCUUUAACAAUUUACAUGUAUUUUACACUUUACAGUACUUCCAUACCUUAAGUGUGAAUAUUCUUGCCUCUUCACAUAUGCAUGCUUUUUCUAACAUUUGAUUUUUGUGUUCUUAGUCUUACAAACGAGUUGGAGGUCAAAUGCAUAAUGCUGACACGGGACGUGGAGUAAUAGGAGUUGCAGAUAUUACAGAUCUCUUCUAUGGUUCAUAAUAUCUUGGCUUUGGUAGGGAUGUUGUUCAGCUUCACCUUCUUUGAAUAAACUAGUCCAUAUAUCCUGCAGGACGGUGAAGAUGGCAAUUCAUGGGUUCUUAACAGCAAACAAGGGGUCCAAGAUUGUGAAAUGUAUGCUGACCGAGAGGAAUGGCUGGGUAGCAGUAUGGAUGGAUAUAGCUGGGAGAUAAAUUUCGACAAUGUAGAAUUAUUAUGAAUUUAGACAUACUCCUUCCGUCCCACAAUAGAGUAGCUUAUAUUGGGAAAUCUCAAAAUAACAUUUACUGAUUUAAGGAAAUUCUCAUGUAGAUUUAAAUAUGGGGUUUGAAUCAUGCUUCAAAUAUCAGGAUAUAAGCAGCCUUGAAAGAGAUCAUGAGAACCUGCAAGGGCAUUAUUCAACGUUAUAAACAUUACAUAUCAUAUAGUUGGGUUAUGCCCUUAAAUCUUGAGUUCCUUCUUCUCAAAGUUAGCCCAUUUUGUUCUAAAGUUCUUUGUGGACGCUCUGUGUUCAUUUUAUAUCAUAUAGUGACAGGUCUUACAGCUGAAGAAAAGAUAUUUACUGCUCC